UCCGUUAAAUUUGUUCCGGUGGCUGUCCUCUAAUCAAGAUCAGUUUCGAACUGACGAAAUUGUAGAAUUGUAGUAUUUCAUUCCGCCAAAAUGUCCACUCCUCAUUUUUCUGCAGUUCCGGUGCCGCAUGAUCGCUUCAACGAAGUUAUUGAACAUUUGAGAUUCAAUUUCUUCGCGGAUGAACCGCUCAAUUACGGGGUCAGGCUUUGCCAGAAAGGUGAGCCGCACCGCGAGCUGGAGAAUCAUUGUUUAUCGACACUUAAGCAAGGACACUCGAGGAUGCUCGUAACCGACGAUGGAACGAUAGCAGGACUAGCUUUGAAUGGCACAACAAAAUCCGGUGAACGAGAGGAGGCAGUGCGCCGCUUAGCUGACCUCGAUGAUCAGAAAUUCAAAACAAUUUUUGGCCUACUUUAUCAAGUGAACGAUAAGGUGGACUUGUUCAAGAAAUACAAUACCGAUGAGCUCUUUGAGUGUCGGAUUUUGAGUAUCGAUGAAGAGUUCCGAGGACGUGGACUGGCAAACAUCCUCAUGAGCGAUUCGGUGGAAGUUGCACGUAAAAUGGGCUUCAAGGUGAUGAAAGCCGACGCCACGAGCGUAUAUUCCCAGAAAGUAUUCGAGAAACAUGGAUUCAACACCGAAGCAGAAAUUCCAUAUUCCGAAAUGGAUGAGAAUAUAAGACCCCCGUCACCACAUCGUGCCCUCAAAUUAAUGGUCAAAGUACUGAACUAAAUGCACAGGCACAAUCGCAUUGAAAUCAAAGAAUGAUGUAGUAAUGAAAAAUAAGUGUCUCAUCGUUGAAAGUGUGACAAUAACACUAUAAUAAUCUAUUGAUAAUUCAUAUUGCCAUGUCUCGAUUAGUCGGUUACUGCCCUAGAGAGAAAAAGGAAUUAAUCCUUACGAAGUUGUUCUGGUGUUAAUAAAAACGGAGAAUAUGAUUGUCGUACGAAAAUUACCGGAUUCGGCGGGUUCGAAGUUGAUCAAAAUGAACGGACAGGAGAAUAUCAAGGAAAUUUGAGUCUAGAAAUUUAACCGCUACCGUCCAAGGGUGGCAACGAUUUUUUCACAAGUUCGUAUUUAAAAAAACCAACAGAUUACAACACGGAAUAUACCAGAAAGGGUCCAUUUACAAGAAAGAAAAAGAAUUUUAAAACCAUACCAACUUAUACACGAUAUUGCAGUAUUUUUGUUGUCAUCUAAUGUUGUAAAACUUAUUUUGUAAAUCCAUGAAUAAAUAGCCGAGUUUAUUAA